AUGCAGCCGUCCUUUUCAGCGUCCCCCAGCGUGCAAGCGCCCUACCUCCCCUACUUGCCAGCGCCGCUGGGCGCAAACUCCAUCACAAGCCCAUUGCAUGCGCCAUUCACACAUGCCACGCUUGCUCCUAGGGACCUGUCGUCCGCGUUCCAAUCGAGCGCGUCGCCGCUCCUCCCUCCCGGCCUGCCUUCUCCCCACGUUGCCCCACCGAUCCUCGAGGACCCCGACAUGGACUGGUUCAACAAUGCAUGCGAAGUACAGAUACCCACACCCAUAUCUGGCGUCUCGCUCGGCACUGCCUAUGAGACACGCGGCUCGCUGCAGCAGGACAUGGCCAGUGCGCGCGCCGAAGGCCUUGCCUUUGCUGCAGUCCAAAUCCCUCUGUUACUUUCCCAGCCCGUCCUGCACUCGCUGACGAACCCACAUGUAGACCUAGGCAAGCACCUGCGCCGCUUCGGCAUGCUCCACGAAGCCCAAGAGUUUACGCGCUCCAGCAUGCCGUGCGAUUUUCUGCUCACCACCUUCCUCACGAUGAACACACAGCUGGAAACGACGCCGACGCGCGAGAUGGUCAGUGCCGAAGGCGAGAAAAUCAUGCACUACCUCGAGGCUGGCGUCGACCAGCACCAAGCCGAGAUCGAGCGGCAGCUCAUGGUCUUGGUCAGCAAGGUAAAACCGCCAGCAGGAAGGACCAUGGUGCCUCGGUGUCUUCAUCUCCCGUGGUUGUACAAAGCAUACACCUGCAAUCCUACCUCGUCGCUGUGCCCCACACACUUUCUCGCCGUGUGCCCCAGCCACGGCCCCAGCAGCAUGACCGUUCCGACGCCAUUUGGGACCGCGACCUUGGUCAAUGCGCCAUGCACGCUCGUGCCGCUGCAUUGGAUCGUGUACGUGCUGCAGUGCGCCCAUCUCCCGAUGCCCCACGCGCCGACCAUGGCGGGCGACGUGCCUGUGCUUGUGCUCGCCGUGCCGUUCCCCGAGCACUGGUUCAUCCUCCACCGCUGGCUCUACACGCAGGACCGCACAAAACUCCUCGCGGCGCUGCUGCCGUUUGGCAACCUCCACACGCUGCGCGACGCCAUUGCCAAUGGGACGCUGGUCACUGCCGACGUGCUGGAAGCCAUGGCGUGCCUCUCGAUCCCGACGCUGAUGCGCAUCGUACUCAAGAUUCUCGCGACAUGGCACAAUGGCAAGUGCGUCGGAAUCUUUGCCGACACAUUUUGGGCGACAUUGCGCCACGCGUGGGAAGUGGGUGUAUCGGCGAUUGUGCUACGAAAAGCGCGCAUGGUACCCAACAUACAACAGGUUCAUAGCGCAUAG